UCUAGUACAAGUAGCUAAGCUGCUAGCACCAUUUUCGAGCGAGGUGAAUGUCAUUGCCAUGGGCGGGAAGCUGCAGCAGCUGAUGUCGAGGCUCCACCUGGCCAAGGGCGGAGGCGGGAGGGGCGGCGCCGCCGUGCCGAGGGGCCACUUCGCGGUGUACGUUGGCGAGUCCAGGGCGCGCUUCGUGGUGCCCACGGCGUACCUCAGGCACCCGGCGUUCGUGGCGCUGCUGGAGAGCGUGGAGGAGGAGUUCGGCUUCGACCACCACGGCGGCUCCGGAAUCACCAUACCGUGCUCCGAGAGCGACUUCGUCGAGCUCGUCGGCAGCCUGGGCUCGUCGUCACCGUCGUCGUGGCGGCAUUGAUUGCGUUUCUUCCUCGCCGUCGACGAGGAGAUCUUGUUCAUUUUCCUUUUUUUCGUGGCAGUGGCACUAUGUACAUAGCUGUCUUUUACCGUCGUGGCAAGUCUGCAUGCAUGCGCCAAUGUUCUAAAUUCAGGCAUUCUGGAGCAGCUAGUAGAAUGCUUUUUUAUUACGACGGGCCAUGU